GAUGGCGGCUUGUAUAUCUGCAUGAACACGUUCCUGGGCUUCGGGAAGCAAUACGUGGAAAAGCACUAUCAGAAAACAGGCCAGCGGGUCUACCUGCACCUCAAACGAACACGUAAACCAAAGGAAGAAGACAGCAACUCUAGUGCUGGGGACCCCCCAAGGAAGAAACCAACUCGUUUGGCUAUUGGUGUAGAAGGUGGAUUUGACAUCACAGAGGAAAAGUUUGAAUAUGACGAAGAAGUAAAAAUAGUGAUUUUCCCAGAGCAUUUGGAUAUUCCUCAUGAUGGGCUGGAGGGACUACCAGACAUGGUCAAAGACAGGAUUGCCAGUGCGAUCGAGGCCAUCCUCACGGCAGAUUCAGCAUCACGGAAGCAGGAGGUGCAAGCUUGGGAUGGGGAGGUUCGACGUGUUUCCAAACACGCUUUUUCUCUGCACCAACUUCAGAAUGAUGUCCGCAUCCCACCGUGUGGCUGGAAGUGCAGCAAAUGUGACAUGAGGGAGAACUUGUGGCUGAAUAUGACCGAUGGAGCCAUCCUCUGUGGUCGGCGCUAUUUCGAUGGCAGCGGUGGCAACAAUCACGCAGUCGAGCAUUACCGGGAAACUGGCUACCCCCUGGCUGUGAAACUGGGAACAAUUACUCCUGAUGGGGCUGAUGUCUACUCCUAUGAUGAGGAUGACAUGGUGUUGGAUCCCAACCUGGCAGAACAUCUUGCUCACUUUGGGAUUGACAUGCUCAAGAUGCAGAAGACAGACAAGACAAUGACAGAACUGGAAAUAGAUAUGAACCAGCGUAUUGGGGAGUGGGAGCUCAUCCAGGAGUCUGGUGUGCAGCUUAAGCCCCUCUAUGGGCCUGGGUACACCGGUAUCCGUAACUUGGGCAACAGCUGCUACCUCAAUUCUGUGAUGCAGGUGCUGUUCAGUAUCCCAGACUUCCAGAGAAAAUAUGUGGACAAGCUGGAGAAGAUAUUCCAAAGCGCACCUUCGGACCCCACACAGGACUUCAGCACACAAGUAGCCAAACUGGGCCAUGGGCUGCUCUCUGGGGAAUAUUCAAAGCCAGCUUCUGCAGAUGGGGAUCAGCAGCCCGAUCAGAAGGGUAUGCAAAAUGGCAUCGCUCCACGCAUGUUUAAGUCCCUCAUUGGAAAGGGGCAUCCAGAAUUUUCCACUAACCGACAGCAGGAUGCCCAGGAAUUCUUUCUGCACUUCAUCAACAUGGUAGAGAGGAACUGUCGCAGCUCGGAGAACCCUAACGAGGUCUUCCGUUUUCUGGUGGAGGAGAAGCUGAAGUGCCUGGCCACAGAAAAGGUGAAAUACACUCAGCGUGUGGACUAUAUUAUGCAGCUGCCUGUGCCCAUGGAUGCUGCACUCAACAAAGAUGAACUACUGGAAUAUGAGGAGAAGAAGCGGCGGAUGCCUGAGCUGGUGCGAGCCAAGGUGCCUUUCAGCUCCUGCCUAGAGGCCUAUGGAGCUCCGGAGCAGGUGGAUGAUUUCUGGAGCACAGCCUUGCAGGCCAAGUCUGUGGCUCUCAAAACAACACGGUUCGCCUCUUUCCCGGAUUAUCUGGUGAUCCAAAUCAAGAAAUUCACUUUCGGUCUGGACUGGGUGCCCAAAAAGCUGGAUGUCUCCAUUGAAAUGCCGGAGGAGCUGGAUAUCUCUGCGCUGCAGGGAACAGGGCUGCAAGAUGGGGAAGAGGAAAUGCCAGACAUUGCACCCCCACUGGUGACACCAGACGAGCCCAAAGGUAGCCUGGGGUUCUAUGGCAACGAGGACGACGACUCCUUCUGCUCCCCUCACUUCUCCUCUCCGACAUCACCCAUGUUGGAUGAGUCAGUGAUUAUCCAGCUGGUGGAGAUGGGCUUUCCCAUGGAUGCCUGCCGCAAAGCCGUGUAUUACACAGGGAACAGUGGGGUUGAGGCUGCCAUGAACUGGGUCAUGUCACAUAUGGAUGAUCCAGACUUCGCUAACCCGCUAGUUCUCCCUGGAUCCAGCGGACCAGGGUCAACUAUUGCCUGCCCAGACCCUCCUUCAGAAGACAGCGUGGCCACCAUUGUCUCCAUGGGCUUUUCCCGGGACCAGGCUAUGAAAGCACUCAGAGCCACGAACAAUAGUCUGGAGCGCGCUGUGGAUUGGAUCUUCAGUCACAUUGAUGACCUUGAUGCAGAAGCAGCUAUGGAUAUCUCAGAGGGGCGCUCAGCAGCUGACUCCAUCUCUGAAUCUGUCCCUGUGGGUCCUAAAGUGCGUGAUGGGCCUGGAAAAUAUCAGCUGUUUGCCUUCAUCAGCCACAUGGGCACUUCAACUAUGUGUGGACAUUAUGUUUGUCACAUCAAGAAAGAUGGCAGGUGGGUGAUCUACAACGACCAGAAAGUCUGUGCUUCUGAGAAGCCCCCCAAGGACCUGGGCUACAUCUACUUCUAUCAGCGGAUUCCCAGCUAGAACCUCCUGUUGCUGUGUGUGGUGGGGGGAGAGUGGGCGGAAGG